AUAAAUAAAUAUGUCAAUUUACAAUGAAAUUUAUUAUAGAAGUCAAAUUGAUUAUUAGUUUUAUGUUUCAUAUCUAUGCUAAAUUGAUGCUACGACAUUCCUCUAGAUUAUUAAUAUUUGGGAUGCAGGUGUUUCCUGCAUUGAUCUAAUAGCUAUUUAUAUUUGUUUUCUUAAAAAUUACCUUCCACAAACUUAACUUGUCUCAGUGUCUAGCGAUAUGAAGAAUGGCUCACACUGAGGCUCCAUUGCCUUUAUUUGGAGACACUGGAAAACAUAUGCAGCACUUAUUGUAAAAGAAGGGCAGCCAGCAUCGUAAGAAAUUCCUUCUAGAAGUUUGCGAGGUAGAGAUGGUCUGAGUAUCAGAAUGGGAAGCCAGAAUACUAAAUAAAUCAGUCAGACGACGUUCUGGUAAUUUGUUAUAUUAAAUUCUAUUAUUUGUAACGAUAGAGGAAGAAGUAAAGUCGUGGACGAUGAAAAUCAUUACGUUGAUCGGAUAUAUAACGUUGACGUUAACAGGAGUUCUAAUCAGUACACUCAUUGGGGGAAUGGGAAGUUGGUCGAGUUCCUAUGGAAACGCAGGUUAUCUGGUCAAAUGCGGUUCCAGAGAUGAAACAGUGACUGUGAAAAGGACGAAGUUCACCCUACGAGAUGGUAUAAAUGAUGAAAAAGAGAUUACCUCACAAAAUAAAACAAGAGAUGAGAAAAUACCGCGAAACAUAACAAAAGUUAUAAUACUGACAUACAGGAGAAGUGGUUCAAGCUUUUUUGCCGAGUUAUUAAAACAAAACCCAGGUGUAUUUUUCAUAUUUGAGCCCCUUGUGCCUGUUGCUGAAAAGCACGGGGACCUUGACGUUCCUAUCGUGGGACCUGCUUACAUACGCGAAAUACUGAAUUGUCGUUUCGGCAGCAACUCAUUCCUCAAUCAGUCAGCGACCAUGAAGGGCUGGAGGUGGCAAUCUGUUUUCCGGGGAGUAAGUGACUUUAAAGCUAUUCCAAAGGUAUGCCUCGGGAGAGGGAUUGUUGCAACAAAGAUUAUUCGUCUGAGAAAUAUUGGUGAAAUUGCUCCGUUCUUUGACGAGGACACUGCGAUCCUAUCAUUGGCGAGGGACCCGAGGGGAAUUCUAAACUCUAGAAACAAGGAAAACGUAGAAUACAUGAACCAAACAUUAGAACAGAAGAAAAAUGACAUGAAAGUAUUGUGUUAUAACAUGCUAACUAACAUAAACUUCAUUCACGAUUUGGAUAAAAGUAAGAAACGACUUCGGUCAAGCGCUUUCAUCAAGCAAGUCCUAUAUGAGGAUUUCGCAAUGAAUCCAUUGAAUAACACAAAAGAACUGUACAAGACUUUGAACAUUGAAUUCCACGAGGCCGUUCAGCAAUGGAUAGAGAAGAAUACUUCAAAUAAUUCCAAUUGGGGCUCUGUGUACGGCACUAGCCGGAAUUCAUCUAGCCUCCCGUCCAUGUGGAGGCAUGAGCUCAGCCAAAAGGAACUACAUAUGAUUCAAAAUAUAACAAAUUGCUCAAAAGUAAUCAAAUUGCUUGGCUUUCAGAAAUAAAUAAUGUUUAAAGCAAAUAAGAAUAAAAUAAGCCAGUCCUAACACCAAUAACCAAACGGUAUCAAAUGGGCUAUAACCAUUGGGAAAACAAUUUGAAAAUGUGGUGGUUUACCCUAUCACAGUAUUUCGUCUGUGAACAGCAAUGUAACUUUGAAUGGUUUAUCACAUUUUAUACAAUAUAAUCAGAAGUCUUGAGGGGAU